AACACCUUUAGCGAAUAGUUUAGAAAAUCUUGAUAUUUUGCAAAUAUCAAUUCCUAUUCCCAUACUGAGAGUCAAACCGUUGAAAGGAAAAAGCCGUCAGAGGGCCGUAAAUACCGUCCGAAAGCGUUUGUACAGCUUUGCGCUCCCUACCUUACCUUGGGAGAGAAGAAAAAAAGAAAAACAACUCCUUAAACAGUCUGACGACUUGCUUUUCUAUCUUUAUAGAUUUGUUUUUGAAAAUGUCACAUUACGAAGUUAUAUCCGCAGAAGGUCUUCGUCAAGAUGGCCGAAGAUGGAAUGAGAUGAGAGAGUUUGACUGCAGAAUUGGCGUUGAAAAAACUGCUCAUGGUUCUUCAUUCAUUCAGCAUGGAAAUACCCGAGUUUUGUGCAAUGUAAAUGGACCGUCAGAGCCUUAUAUCAAAGGCAAAUCUAAGCAGGAAAAGGCCUUUAUUAAUGUGGAACUAAAUUUUGCGCCUUUUAGUCUCAUUGAUCGUAAAAAAAGACAUCGAUCCGAUAAACGAAUUCAAGAGCAAUGUGUUGCUAUCCAAAGAACGUUUGAGCAAGCCAUUCAAGUUGAACUCUACCCGAAAAGUCAAAUAUCCAUUUCCCUAAACGUUUUAGAGGACGACGGUGGUGCUAUUGCUACAUGCAUCAAUGCUGCAACACUUGCUCUUAUUGAUGCAGGUAUUGCAAUGGUUGAUUACGUUUGUUGCGCUACUGCCGGUAUCUAUGAGACGCAGGUUCUAUUGGACCUGAAUACCAACGAAGAGAGUGAUAUUUCAUGGAUGACUGUUGGUGUUCUAGGAACAAAAGGAAAAGUGACAUAUCUGAAACAAGAAACAAAACUCAGUUUGGAUUUAUUUGAGCCUGCUUUGACGACUGCCAUUGCUGGUUGUGAUCACAUUGCCCUUCAAAUGCAAAAGGUUGUAAGACAAUCUGCCAAAACGCUUCUUUCUAAAAUGGCUUAAGAAGAGAAAGUGAAUGAUAAAAAAGGAAAGAAUAGCAAUCGUUUAUAGAGGGAAUACGCGAGCAGGGAUGUAAGGAGAAGUCUGUGUCUUUAGAGGAAAUUCUUCAGAGAUAUCUUGUUGAUGAUGUUUUGAAUAAGCUGUUAUUUCGGUAACGAGAAUGAGAUUUGCUGGCUUCAGAGGGUUUCCAUUUCUCUUGAUGAUCAACGAAAUUCGAGUGUCAUUAUCAGCAAUGAAGAGGCGCGUUUGUCUGCGAGUCGUGUCUAUUCAAAGCACAAGCCUGUUGCUUACGUUAUUGUGUAAUCUUCAAGAAAAUGGACCGCAUUCGAAUUCUCUUAGACUUUUUCUAUAAUGAUUCGUAAACGCAGUGAAUGAAUCCUGCACUGAGACCUGCUACCUUAGGCUUGCACAAAUGCAACUGUUCUUUCUUACGCAUUCGUACAAGACAGCAACAACAUACCUGCUCACCAAACGGCCAUGACAAGCAUAACCAAACACUGUCAACUUAACUGCACUAACUAACAUACACAUAUGCCCUACCCGGGCUCACACACACACACACUCACAGCCCUCCAU